AUGUCAAACACCGCUACUGAUUGGCUUGCUAUUCAGUUCAAUACUGCUAGUUGGACUGUUAAUCAAGUAUGCAUACCUAUACUUUUCUUUGUUGGUAUAAUUGGUUGGACAUUAAAUACAAUAACAUUUUCACGGCCAUCAUUAAGUUCAAAUUCCUGUGCAACUUAUUUUCAUGCUAGUUCUUGGGCAAAUUUAUGUGUAUUAUUUUGGUCUCCAUUUACAUAUGCAGUUGGAAAUUGGUCAGGUUACCGCUUACCAGCGAGAUCAAUUUUAUUUUGUAAAAUCCGUAUAUAUUUUAUUACAAUGUUUUGUCAUGCCAGUGUUGCUUUUCUUCUUCUUGCUUGUGGCGAUCGACUUCUGCUUUGUUCACGAAACGCCAAUCGACGACGUUUAUGUCACGUUCGAAUUGCUUAUAAAAUGAUUGUUAUAACUAUCAUUAUCUGCGCCAUUUUACCACUCUAUAUACCAUUGAAAUACAACCGAUUAUCGGCUGUUUCAAAUUUAUGUAUUAUUGAUAUUGAUUUCCUUAUUUUUGAUGUUAGUUAUAAAUUAACAAUAUGGGCUAUCGUACCACCUUCUUUAAUGUUGACACUUGGGAGUUUAACAAUACAUAGUUUAAAACAAAAUUCUCGUCAAAUUGCAAAUAUUCGCAUCCAAAUUCAUAGUAAAGACAGACAACUUGUAGCAAUGUUAAUAGGUCAGAUUACUUUAUACAUCACAACAACAUGGCCUUAUGUUACUGUGAUGAUUUACAAUGUAUUGACACAGAAUAUUCUACCAUCAAACAAAUCGGCCACACGUAAUGCAAUUGAAACAUUUGCUCUUUCAUUUAGUGCAAAUUUUUUUCUUUAUUUAUAUAAUGCAAUUUCAUUUCUUGUUUAUACAUUAACAGCACCGAGCUUUCGACGUGAAUUAUUCCUUGCUCUAGUUCCAACGUUUAUUCGUCAAUACUUUCAUAAUCGAAUAGGAACAACAACAUUACAACAAACUGAAAAU